AUAAGGCUUGGUCUUUUUUCUGUUUUGGCCCAGGAUAACAUGUGUAUUUUUUUUGGUUUGUGUAUGUACAUAUGUUUUGAGUGGUUUUUUGUUUCUGAUUCUAUUUAUGUGAUGUUUAGUGGGUUUGUCUGGUCUAUUCAGAGAACAUUUUCACCUAGCAUAAUGGCCCUUUGAUAUUCCCUGGCAUAUUUGUGUUUUCAGGUACUACUUGUUUACUUCUGUACAUCUAUUUAAAAAAAUCUUACUCGUAUAGAACAUAGAAAUGCCAAGUAAAGACAUACCUUUAUGAAGAUGCUGUGCAUUUUUAUUAAUGGGCUGUUGAUGUGAAAGAUUGUUGAUUAGUAAGGGGCUAUUUGGCAACUUCUGAAUAGGUAAGUGCGGAACCAGUAAGAGGUUGGAAUCAUUAAGUGCUGAACCAGUAAGAGAUGGCGCCGAGAUCGUUAUCUAGCCUCCGCUACUCCGACAGCAUCACAGUCGUUGGAAUCUCAAUUUGCACUGCAAUCAUAUGCGAAGCCAUCUCCUGGCUUCUAAUCUACCGCACAGCCUCCUACAAGUCCCUCAAGUCCUCCAUCGACAAGGCAUCCAAGAAGCUUGAGACCAUGAGAACUCUCGAAUCAUCAUCCAAUCCCACCGUCUCUCUCACCUCCAAGAAGUCCAAAACCAAGAAAAUCGACCGGGUCGAGACCGCGCUCAAGGAGUCCAGCCGCGACCUCUCACUCUUCAAGUUCAAAUCGGGGUUCGUGGUCGCGGUGGUUCUCUUCCUUGUCUUUGGGUUUCUGAACAACCUGUUUGAGGGGAAACCGGUUGCGAAAUUGCCGUUUGUGCCCAUCAGGCUUGUUCAGAAGAUGAGCCACCGCGGGUUGCCGGGGGAGGACAUGACUGAUUGUUCAAUGGCAUUUUUGUACUUUCUCUGCUCGAUAAGCAUUCGCACCAAUCUCCAGAAGUUUCUUGGGUUUUCACCACCCCGCGGAGCUGCUGCUGGAGCGGGCCUCUUCCCUAUGCCUACUGAUGCAAAGACCAAUUGAUCGAUCGCCUAAUGGGUGGGUGAACGAUAUGUUUGAGCUCUGGCAAUUAUUAUAGAUACUUGUUUGAGAUUUUUCAUUUUACACAUUUUGAUGGUUGCAAUAAUUUAAUCUCACGAAAGAGUUUGAUUUUCAUUGGAAUCUAUGCUCAUGGUAUUUACUUUUUUAGAUUAUCUUCAUAUGAAGGUCUUUACAUCGAUGCUCCAAAAUAUAUAUCUUCUCUGUCCCAGCAUAUUUAUCUAGUUUAUAUUUUUGAAGUCAAACUUAACAAACUUUAAACAUUAAU